CCACUUUGUUUUUUCGGGCUUGUCUAGCGUCAGGGAAAAAAAGGCGCUGUUUGAUCGACACAGUCUAGGAAAUCGAGAGAGGAGAGCGAGCAUGGAAGAAUCGAUUUGAGUGGCUUGGGAGCUACUGGAUUGCCUGCCAAGCAAGGCCGCUUAAAUCGCGAGCUGGUUCUUGAUUGAUCAAUCGUUUCCAGGAAAAAAAGUUCACUUUUUCUCUCGAAAAUCUUUGUAGAGCUCUUCUUGGGUUCUUUGAUCAAUCGCCUCAAGUUCCUUCCUUGAUUCACAGCAACGGAAAAGAAAAGCUUUUCUCUCUGGGAAGAGAAAAAGAGGAGCUCGCUAGCUAUGGGGGUGGCACCGAUGAUUGCCGGCGGGGGCCGGCCGAGAUCGGUCAAGAUGGUAGAUUUGAGCAAGCAGGACAACAUAAUCGACGAGCCCACCAGCGUCCACUGCGAGAAGGACGUCAAGUGCUGGAGAUCUCUCGCCUCGAUGCUGGGCUCUCUCGUGAUCCCCUGCUGCUGUGGCUGCAAGCUCCAAUUCGAGACCAAGAUCCGGAGCUCCUCCACCUCCUCCUCCUCCUCCGCCACCACCACCACAUCCCCUCCAAUCUCCUCCAAUUCCUCCUCCAAGGACCACGAUUCCUCCUCCAAGCGAUCCUCCUCGGUCGUCACCGGCACCAUCUUUGGCCAGCGCAAAGGCAAGGUGGUGAUGAGCAUCCAGGAGGAUCCCCGCGAGCCGCCCGUGAUGCUCCUGGAGCUGGCCAUGCCCACCGUCCUCCUCGUCAAGGAGAUGUCCUCGGGGCUCCUCCGGAUCGCGAUGGAAUGCGAGAAGAGGCACGAAUCAUCAAACGAGCCAUGCUCGCCAAGGAAGAAGAAUCACCGCCACCACCAGCGCGACCGGCAUCUCUACUCGGAGCCAGUGUGGACGAUGUACUGCAAUGGGCGCAAGGUUGGAUUCGCGGUGAGGAGGCCCUUCACGGAGCCCGACAGGGCCGUGCUGGGAUUGAUGCAAUCGGUCUCGAUGGGCGCUGGAGUGAUCCCCGUCCAGAGCUCCUCCGGGGAUCCCGCGGGUUCGGAUGAUCAGGAAUUGGACGAGCUCAUGUACAUGCGCGCUACGUACGAGCGAGUAGUGGGAUCCGCGGACUCGGAGUCGUUCCACAUGAUCAAUCCGGAUGGCUCCCCAGGCCAGGAGCUCAGCAUUUUCCUCCUCCGAGCCUAGAAGAAGAAGAAGAAGAAGAAGAAUCUUUCUUCCCCGUGAUCACCGGAAGAACAAGGUAGAGCACGAUGCAUGUUUAAACAAGAAUAAUUUCCCUGGCUUUGUGUGUUUCUUUACAUUGGGGGCGGGAGAAUUUGGAGGUGGGCGAUCCAUCCAUUUGGGCUCGCUCUCCGGGCGCCAUCGAAUCGAUUCGAGGGUCACAUUCUGUCCAGCUGGACGAAUGGAUCGAUGGAUUGAUCGACGCGCGCUAUAUAGCUUUUACUAUGCAUAGAAUAGGAUAGUUGGGCGCGGUUUUCUUUCUUCCUCGGGCUUUUCUAGAUUGAUCUUGAUCGAUUGGCACCCGAGUUGUUUAAGCGAAUUUGUGUGAGGCCAGCAUUCCUUGUUCGUGAUCUCCUGGUACACAAGGAGUGCAUCGAAAUCACUCGACGACACAAAACGCACACCCCCGAAAAAUUCCGUGUUCUAUAAAAGAAACGGGGGGGAAUAUUCGUGGAGAUCCUCCCCGCAGGGCCACACAUUUCUGGUUGCAAGCACCCGAUUUGCAGUUGAAGCGAAAUCUUCUGGCCAAAUGGCUAUGGUCCACAGGCUACUUCUUGAAAACUAUAUUCGUAUGCUUUUAUAAUAAAAGUAUGAAUAGUGUA